AUGUUGCUCCUCUAUUCAAUAUGUAUUCUCAAAUGCGACCAAGAAUGCAAAUGUCCCGACGAUAGCUGCCCGAAUGUCUGCAACAGGAAAGAAUACUCGGAAUCUUGCUUUACCAACAAAAGAUUUAGUUAUCGAAAUCAGAAGUUCCGGAAUUAUGGAAUCAGAAUCAUCAAGCAGACAGGACCGACUGCAGUGGAACCGAGCCCAUGCGAUCACAUCACGGAGGAAGAGAAGAUCAGAAGAAGCGAAACGUGCAAAUCCAAAAUGAUGCCCACCUUUUUGGAUUCUGGAAACCACGCAAUCGACGCAACACUCUCAGGAAACCAGGCAAAAUUUGUGAAUCAUUCGUGCGAUCCAAAUUCCGCUGAAGAGUGGAAGCUUCAUGGAAUGGCCAAAUUUCGAAAUUCUUUGGAUUCGUCGUCUAUAUCAUUGAUGUCACAAUGUCUGUAA